AUGCCAUCACGUUUGGGAUCACGUCCAGGUUGUACGGUAGUGCAGCAAAUGCCACGACAGGUCAAAAAAGUCUCAGUGCCUAAAGUACCCGAUAUUAAUGCUCAAAAGUACGGAACAUGUCAAACAAAUGUUAUUGAGGCAGCAGCGACAAGAGACCUUUACGAAUUGGAAGGUUCUGUUAUAUUGCAGCGAAAGAAUGGCUUAUUAGAAAAUGGAAGAUCUGAUAAAAGCACAAAGUCGCCGUUAAACGUGAUACAUAUACCAUCUACUAGCAUGACAGCAUUGAUGGUACCUUCAAGUUUGUGUGUCAGCGACGAUUCAUAUUCUGCUCAUAUGCUGUUCAGCAGGAGAAAAGCGUUAAUGCUUACUAGGAUGACAGCUGAUAUUUUUUUUACGCUUAUUCGCUGCCACAGUAGCAAAAUCUUGUCUAGGAUUGCAUGUCCACUCAAAUAA